AACAAAGUCAGAUGCUGAUAGCCCUCACGCACCAGUGUCAUCUGAGGACACAUCUUUGUCUGUGGAUUAGCACAACACAGCCAUUUGACAGAGAACAAAAGGACAAGCUACCCUCUCCUCUGUUUCGUAUUUCCUCCUUUACCAGAAAGCAACAUCUAGAAGAUGUCUGACGCUCUUUGUAUUGUGGGUUCGUUGUUUGGAUCUGCAGAAGGUCAGCAAGAAUGUGGUUCUUGUUACACAAUAAACAUGGGGUCCGUAAUUGGCAUUAUUGCCUCUGAUAUCAUCUUGACCAUCUUCAUCACUAUUUCUGUGUUCUGUUUUGCAACUCACCACAAGAGACAGAGGAACUGGAACUCUCAUGAUGGUAAAAGAAAUCUGCAACCAUCAAUAUCAAAGAAAAUAGCAACAGAGGUCACAGAAUCUCCAUACCAGGAGUUACAUGGAGUCCAAUCAGAUGUGUACAGCGAACUUCGACACUUUAGGAAAUGAAACAAUCGAACUACAAAAACCCCAGCAAUGUCUGUAAUUAUUUUCUCAAGAAAUAAGAACCACAAACCAUGUAGGUAAUAACAUAAAGUAUACAGUGUAUGUAUUUUGCAUGUAAAUGAUUUGUAUUUUAUUCAUUAAUACUGUGUUUGAAUAUGAUACGGUAUCACAUCUUGUUUAUUUUCAAAUGUCUUAAAAUAUGCCUUUGUAUGUGUAUUUGUAACUAGUCCUAAAUAAUUAUGAAUCAAAUUAUAUUUUAAAACCAUGGAAAUGAAAACAAUG